UCACACCGUCACCGUCACUCACCCGCUCGGACAGCAGCACAGAGAGCUAGCUCGCGUCGGACUCAGAGGAACUAGUUGGUGGGAGCGCGCACGGACGGUUUCCCACAACAUUCACCCUUCGUGCAGGAGCCACUUUGAAAGCGCUGGAUCUCACCUGCUUGAUUUCAAUUCAAAACAGACUCGAUACCACAAGGGAGAAACAAGUAAAGGACGCUCGCAGCGGAGAAUCUCCGUCGGACCUCUGAGGUGUCCUGUACUCCCAAGUUGUGCCGAGGGGAAAAGUCUCGACUCGCAUACUCCAGCGUCGGUCCUCUGUUCAGGGGUUUCGCUACAUUAUUCGUGUUCCGACACAUUGACUGCCUGCUCUUUUGUUUUUUGAAAAGGGACUUUAUCGCCAUGUCGAGACAUUACGCUGGAGAUUGCCAUGGCUCUUCCAGAAACACAGGACUCGUCAUCUUGGUCACGUUUUUAUUUAUUCACGGCGGGCUGGGCCAGCGGGUGAAGGUGGAGACGGAGGUCCUGUCCUACCCAGGCCAGACGGUGAACCUGCGCUGUUCCUUCAAUGACCCCUCCGGCAUCCAGCUAACUCAGGUGACUUGGAUCUACGAGCCUGUUGAGGGCGAGAGGGUCAACAUCGCCGUCUACCACCCCAACUUCGGCGCCCACUUCCCGGAGACGCCGCAGAAGGGGCGGGUCACCUUCGUCACCAACCCCCCCUCCCUGCCCAACCCCUCCAUCCAGAUCAGCGACGUGAAGAUGAGCGACGAGGGGAAGUACAUCUGCGAGUUCGCCACCUACCCCAGUGGCAACGAGCUGGGCACCACCUCCCUCAUCAUGCUAGCCAAGCCUAAGAACACGGCGGGAGCGGUGACGGCGGUCGCCGGCACCAAGCCCGCCGUGGUGGCCCGGUGCCAGUCUGCAAACGGCCGCCCGGAGGCCCUCAUCUCCUGGGUGACCACCGCCAACGGCAACGCCUCCACGGUGUCCAAGACGGGCGCUGACAACACGGUGACGGUGGUCAGCGAGUACCUCCUGGUCCCCACCGCCGCCGACAACGGCAAAGACAUCAGCUGCGUGGUGACGCACCGCACGCUGACCAAGCCCGAGAGCUUCCCCAUGAAGCUGGCUGUGGAAUACCCGCCUAAGGUGACCAUCAUUGGCUAUGACAACAACUGGUACAUCGGUCGCACCAACGUGGAGCUCACCUGCCAGGCCAACGGCAACCCCCAGCCCCUCACGGUCAAAUGGAAGAUCCUGACGGGAGAGAUGCCCGACACAGUGGUCCUCAAGGAGAACAAGCUCACCGUGCUGAAGGUGGACGAGGCCGUCAACACCACCUUCAUCUGCGAGGUCAAGAACCGCCUGGGCACGGGCAAGGAGCAGGUCACCGCCCUGGUCAGAGAACCCCCAACCAACCCGUCCAAUGCCGGCGUGGUGGCGGGCGUGGUGAUUGGCUCCCUCCUGGUCCUUCUCCUUGUGGCGGCUCUCAUCGCCGUCCUCGUCACACGCAGCCGUAAACAGCAGCAGGGUUACCGCGGCAACGGCGCCAGCGACAUCAAGUCGCGCAUCUUCGGCGGCAAGAAGGCCAGCAAGAACGGCACGGGGGCCGGCGGGGUGGUGAGCGGCGGCGUCGGGGGCGGCGGGGGCAACAACAACGGGCCCGUCUACGUGUACAACGAGAGCGCCGCCCACCAGGGCGAGAAGAACAACCACCACCAGCCCCUCAACGUGGGGGGGGCAGCCACCACGCCCAGCGCCCAGGACAUCCUGCUGAGCAGCGAGCUGGACGAGGCGGAGAGGAUGAAGUUUGACGAGUUGGAAGAGGAGGACGAGAGGUACGACCACUUUGCGGGCGGGGCCCCCAUCCUGCAGCUCCGCCCACCGCAGGAGCCUGAGGACAUGAUUGGCGGUUACCUGGACGACGACAUGGAGUCCCAGCGGGACGGCUCGGUGAUCUCCCGGACUGCAGUUUACGUCUAGCGGAGGACGCGGGCCAGGGAAGAGAUGGAGGGAGGGAGGGAUGGAGUGAGGGAAAGGAUGGAGGAUCCUCCCUGGGGAUUUUCGAGUCUUAAACAUGUUUGACGAAGAAGCAAAGAAAACCACUUUUAUUUUUGAAAAAUAGUUUAUCAAAGCGCAGCCCCAGAAUGGACUGAGUGAGCCAGCGUCAGAGCAGUCGAUUAUUUCUUAAAGGGGAGUCUGGAAAGCUUUGACGACACCGCCUCAGUACAGCAAAUGGAGUUGGGAGCACAUUCCAAAUAGUAAAAGAAAAAAAGGAUAAUAAAAAAACACUAAAACAAAUAUUUCUAGCACCCUGGGCCCCGAGGCCUCUGCUCAUCUACCAUGAGGACUCGGACCUUGACAAGGACUCUGAAUCAAGCAACACAGAGGAACCUGUCUGUUUGGGUGAAAGGAUAAAUGCCUCCUUAUCCAACCCUGGGCAGACAUGUCUCUCCGAGUUCAAUCCUGUUUUCGGCCCGACUUAAGAAUAGUGUAAUCAAGGAAAAGUCAAACUGCCCAAUCGUUUGUUGUUUUUCCUUUACCUGCAAUUCCAAGUUUACCUUCUUUGUUUCCUUGGGUUAUAUGUUGUGCUGUUACAACUAGUGGUUAUCCUGUGUGUGUGUGUGUGUGUGUGUGUGUGUGUGCGGGGGGGGGGGGGGGGGGGGGAAUACAUUGUGUACACUUUAAACAAUAGAACACAUCUUGUGGUUUAGGGAGGUGAAAUUAUGCUAGCUCUCUGUUUAAUUCAUUCACUUUGACUCUCUUUAGCAAAGGUCUCCCUCGCUUCAAUGUAGAGUGUGUCUCCAGUAGGCUACUGCUGCUGAAUACAUACAUGCAUGCUGCUGGCAGCCCGGACCCACAGCGGCCCUAAGAACGGCAGGUUGGGCGAGUUUGGAGUUUAAAUUAGGUCGUCAACAACAUGUUUGGCACGCAUGCUAACUAAACAGUGGCUGAAGGGGCAGGUGGUGCUAACGUGGGCGGGGGGAGGGAAACAAUCGCUUAGCAGGACCGAUGCUAGCGGGUGACGGUUGGACGGAGAGGAGAAGGAGAAAGGGAACGCUCCUCCUUUCCUGCUGUCCUCCUCGUCCCCUCUCCUGACAGGGGGGGGGCCGGGUUGUUAAUGAGCCAUGACGUGGCCCGCUUAGACGGGGACCAACAGAUUGCCACCGCUUAUCGUUUAUGACGCUGCGAUUCCACCGCCCCCUCCCACUCACUUCCUCCCCUCCCCACUUUUUCUCUCUCCUCUCUCUCUUCAUCCCCCUCUCCUACUGUUUAUGGGGGAUGUGGUGAUUUAUCCCGGGUAGUGAAGAGGUCAGGGCCACGGAGGGCAGAGGAAGUGUAUUUCACUGCUCCCAAUGUGUCAAAAGCGCCGCUUACGCCACUCAGCCCCAGCCUUCCCCAUCAAGCCAGGCCUGACUAAUCCACCCAGUCUUGCAAUCCGCGUGCCAUUGCAGAUAACCGUCUGUGUUUUUGUCCGCACUCAAUUGCCGCAGCCUCUCUCCGUACUUUAGUAAAUGAGCCCCCCCCUCCGUGCACGUGCCCCCUUCUCGGCGGAGCACUGGUGUUGGGUUGAAUAGACCUCAAAUCAGAUAAUGUCAUAUUUCCGUCCAUUAGUGGAUGGUUUUUAACAUAGCAAAUUGAUUGGUGGAAGUCAAAGGUUGCGUCCACAGCGCGGCCCGGGGAGUCGUUUAACUGGCGGCUGCGAGUGCUGGAACGGCCUUUUAUGACGGAGCCACUCGGCUGAUGGUCUCCUAACUGUGCAUUAGCUGCUAACGAGCCACCGGGGGGCCAUUGGCGUCUGACAGCACCCAUGACGAGUGUUCACGGACUGGUUACCUGGUGUGUGCGGCAAUACGACUAUCAAUGAUAUCCAAAGCACGUUUGGUUCGUUACAGUUUGUAAGGGCCCGUUCUGAUCUUCCGCCCAAGAGGAUGUUAUGAUAGACGCAAAUGCACAACAGAAUCAUGACCUGUGCUGUUAUUCUCAUUUCAGUGACGGUUAACUCGUGAAAAAGGGAGAAAAAUUGAGUUUUAGAGGACAUUACACAACCUAUAAACAUCCCACACCACACACCUGUGAGCCUGAUUGAUUUAUAGUGUAAUGGCCUGAGCCUUCAAAACAACCCUGGAUCCAUUCUCUGAACACGAAUGGCUCCCACAACCACUGUUAAAUAUACUGCUUAUUUUUGCACUUGUGUAUCAAAACCACGUGCCCUUAAAAAAAAAAGACAAAAUAAGAUGAAACAAGGAGCGUGGUGGGAAGAAAAGGGAAGGGGUUUGGUAUGUGUGGUGGAGGAUGCAUACAGUACAAGAGACAUUUUGUAUGUACAUUGUGGUGUGUGAGGUAUCUGUAUACUCUAUAUGUGAGCAUCUUUAUUUUUCUUGUGAAAAUGUGUAUAUUUAUCAAGAGGUAAAUACCAGAUCAAUUGAGUCAGUGUUGUGGAACCAGCGCGUUGCCUGGCCUGAGUCCCAGGUAUGGGAGAGGGAGGGAGGGAGGGAGGGAGAGGGAGGGGACUCGGAAUGUAAUUUAUAAUCAAGUCCAACACCUGGGGAAUGCUGAAAGCCUUGCUCGAUACAGAACUAAAUCUGUUUUGCAGACUUGUCGCCUACCACUCAAUAUGUUGUUAAAUACAUUUUAAGUUGGUUCAAAUCCCCCGACUCCCAUGCCAUGGACUAGGUGUGCCUGCAAAUCACCCCCCCCCCUUCAUAUCCUCAGCCCUUUAUAGACCCCCCCGUACCACCCUCCCACUAUCCCUACCUCCUCACAAUUGUGUGGCUCUUAAGAUCUGACAAACAUACAAAAACUUUCUAAACCCAAUAUUGGAUAGACUGUGAAAUGCAGAGUCUGUAAUUUGUGCUCUCUCGCUGUGUUGUGUGCGUCUGCAUGUGUGGGAUAGACUAAGAUGCUUUCAAGCUCUGGGACAUCUCAACACCGCUGCAGUUGUGGAGGAAGAGGAAGGGUAUGAAGGAGGGAGUGGUGGUGUGAGAGGGGCUAUCCACAUCUGCUUCCUUUGGUCACUUUGGAGAAAUGUCUGCACCACAGCUCGCAACACAAAAGACAGGACAUUGACACAUGCAUGAACACAUAAGGCUGGGGAACUUUUUUUCCCCCACACACACACACACACACACAUACAGGGUCAUACACAUACACACACACACACACACACUCAGUCACCCUCAUUAUGUUCACUCUCACAGCCACACCACAAGACGGACACCUCCUCUUCCUGCGCUGACAGCUCAGCGCUUCUCCUGACAAACACCCACACGGAGUGAGCACACACUCACUUCCCUGCUCCUUUUCCUCCUCCUCCUGCUGCUGCUCCUCCAUGCCCAGUGGCUCUAUCAGGAGCUGUGCCUUCUCCUGGUACUGCCCAAAGAGCCCUUCGGACAGCCAGUACGCCCCCACCACCACCACCACCACCACCACCACCAUCCACCUCGCUUCACUGCCUUCUGUCCUACAGUGGUCCAAACUAACGAUGAGUCUACGCCGACGGAAUUGUCUACAUCUUUCGAGGGAAGGCGAGGGUGCUUAUUUACGCACUAGUGUACACACGGCUACACACAUGCCCCCCACCCACAGUGAGGAGGAGGCGGUUGUCGCUCGUCGUCUGAGUAAAGACGCUCGCUCGCCGUGCAUAGCUUUCAUCACGCGUCACCGAGGGUUCACCUUCCCCUCCGCGGCCCUCAAGAGCUCUCAGACGCUCCCGGCUCCUACUCCUAAACAUUGUUCUCCACUUCCACUCAGCCCCUCCCCGACCCCCCCCCCCCCCAAAACCCCCCCCACAACCAAGUACAAGUUGUCAGACAAAACGUUUUUGUUUCCUCCGUCGCCCAGCCCAGCAGCGACCUCCCGCUUCUCUGGCCUAGAUCUAGCACAAGGUGUGACGGCUUUUGCUCUGUGUCGGGGGGUAGGGGGGGGGGGGGUACUUUUCCACUCCUCCGCCUUCCCUUCAUACUCCUCACUGCUCACCCCUCAUCAAAGCCUUAACAUGCUCCUCUCGCUCUGCCAAACAAAAGAAACACAUUCAUCACUUCCCGUGUACAUAGUAUAAAUAUAUAAAUAUGUAGCGGAGUAAAAAAAAUACAAUUACUAAUUUAUGGCGUCACGUUUGUGUAUUUUUCCGUGACAACAAGCAUGAAAGAUAUCCUCUCACUGUUAAUUUUUUUUGUUUUUGUUAUUUUGCAGUGCUUUAUAAUUUAUGUUUUUCCGAGUGCUUUAUUAUUCUUGAUGGCUGUGUUGUUUCCACAACCAGCAAAUCUUAACUUGUGUACAAAUGAAGUGUACACUUGAGAAAAUGAAUCCUAUUCCAGGAAUGUGCUUUUGCUCACAGCUCUGUGUAAAACGUGAUGACGUUCCGAUUUUUUUUUAUUUUAGUCUUUGAAAAAACUGGUAAUAAUUGUUGUCAUUAUUUGUUAUCCCUUUCUAUAUAAUUUCACGUACUGGGUGGCGAUUAAAGAUUUGUUUUUUGAAUUGA